AAAUCUUGACUGAGGACAGAAUCAACGGAAGCGUGAUCCUGAACUGACAUAAAGAAACCGAAGUUGUCAACUCAGCAUCUGAAAUCUGAAGACCAUGGGCGUCAAAGUAACAUUUGUUCUUGCACUGGUCCUGUGCUUCUGCGCAUUUGGCUAUUCAACUCCCCUAGUGACGAAAUGUGAGAAGAUGGACAAUGGUGCCCUGGUGGAGGAGGACUGUGAGAAUGGGACAGGUGUGUCGUCAGUACCUGGGGAGGCCGACAACGUCUUCGUCGGUGUUGACGAAAAGGGCCGCCGUGUGUUUAAGAUUGCGGGUAACGAUACCUGCUUCAUUGACGAAGAUCCAGCCCCGCUGCCAGCCGAAGUGACUGAGGCCACAAUAGACCAAACAAAGACUCCGGUACUGGUGACUGACCAAGCUGUGUUGGACAGUGUGAAACAAUGGUGCACAGGCGACGUCUAUGUCCUCGUGGCUGACGACACUGCUGUCAGUGGAGACAGGCGCAAGCGAGCCACCUGCUACAGAAUUCGCUGCAGAUACUUCAUCUACAGGGGACGUCUGUAUCGUCACUGCAGAAUUUAUCUGUUCAGAUGUUAGAACACACGGACACAACGUGUAUCCUGAAAACAUCAACAUACAAAAUGUAUUUUCAAAACAUUGAGUAACUGAAAAAUCCUCACACGAGUUCGCUCUUAUUAUUCCAAUAUUUUUGGUGUGUCUGACUUUGUGCCGUUAUCGCUAUUCUUUGUAUGUGUCGAUUUGAAUCUGCAAAUUAACACUGACACCUCUGUAAUAUUUUUGUCCAUUGUGGAAUAAAGUUGUUGUUUGUAUGGAUCAAAA